AUGUCUUCAACUGUUUCUUCCAACGUCAUCGAUUCUUCUUCAGAUGUCUUAGCUCCUACCACACGUCUUCAUAUCUCAACCCUUGCUGUCAGUUCAGCAGCGGCAGGAUCAAUCCUCGAAGUAGUCAUGUCUACUCGCGGAAGCGCUGAACGUGAACCCGUCUCGAUCCCUUUGACUGCUCACCCGGGUGUCAAGGAUGGCAAAGAUCAGUGCAUGAAGUGUGGCGUGUUUGGGCACCGUACAUUUCAAUGCGCUCAAUUCUCAUAUUCAGCCGAACCGAUCCCAGACUGGCGCCGUACAACUAACGGUAAGAUAUACAGUGUAAAGGCCUUACUUGGUAUGCAUCCUUACUGCAAGUGGACUGUAGACAUGGUUUUGGAAGAAUCCUCGAGCCCAUCAGCCACGCCCACCCCUGUCCCUACGAGUGUCGCAUCCAAACCUGAUAAUAGCCCAUCAGCCACACCCACCCCUGUCCCUGCGAGUGUCGCAUCCAAACCUUCAAAUGACGAUUCGACCAAAUUGGAUAUCCAAUCGAUGUUUUUUCAAAUGGGUCGUUCGGCCAGGUCCGAGUACAUUGGUUGUCCAACCCCCACCCCUCCGGCUACCUCGUCUUCACCAUCAUCUCUCCACCAAGCUUUCAAUCCGUUCGUGACCUCAUGGAACGAUUGGUUCAAAUUAUGGAAUGGGAACCCCAACAGGAUCACUGCUGCUGCCGCUGCCAUAAGCGAACGUCUUACAGGUCGGAUCCACAUGACCGUCACCGUCGGGCGGAAUCCUGUCCUAUCGAGGAGUGAUUGA